ACAACAUGGCGUCCAAGAAAGAAAAACCUGCGGUGAAUUUCGUGCACCAAAAUGCCAUUCUUUGUGAGACAAUUAAGAAAGAACAGCAAAAUCAGAAGUUAUAUACAAAUUACAGUGUAAAUCCUUUUACAAAAAUGUACACAUUAACGGGAAAACCAAAUUCACUCCAUGAUUCUGCUGACGGCGAGGAAGAUGACACAUUUUUGGAAGUUAUAACGAAAGCACACCGAACUCCUGUUGAAAAAUUUGAAUUCCCGCUUACCUCCAAUCAGGAUUAUGGUUGGAACACGCAACCUUUGAUUGAUGGUCAGCGUACUGACCCAAGAUUACAUCAUCGAAGACAAAAUUCUGAGGUCACUAAGUACAUGGACGUCGCUUGGAGAGUCAAAGAACAGUCAGAAAAUAUGAAUUAAGAUGACAAAUGAUUAGUUGUACUAUAUUUAUUUCAAUUCAUAAAAAUGCACUAUUAAUUCUUCGGGCUAUUGCAAAAUCAUUCCAUCCAUCGCACGCGCAUAUUCAGUAGUUUAUACCUGAAGAACGAUGUAUUUAUAUAUUCGAUGUUGUAUAUUUUGUCUUGGGAUAUAUUAGGACCAAAAAUUAAAUUCUCAAUAGUGUUCAAAAUGAAGAUAGACUUUGUUAGUCCUCAGCUGACGAAUUGCCGACCUGAUUGCAUUGUAGGCUGCAGGCAUUAAUUUGAUAACAUCAGUCAUGCAUCGUGCGCACAAAACAUUUUCCUAGCUGCUGCCCUCCAGGGUUGGUAAGUUACUGAAUAAAUAAGCCAAACAUUGUUAUUGGCGGCCCUUUGAUUCCUUUGUUUCAAACAAAGAAAACAAAUGUUAUGUUAAUAUAUUUGGCUUAUUUAUUCAUAAAAUCUACCAACCCUGCUGCCCUCAGCCUUAUCGAGUUACGAAUAACUUAACCCUAAAGCUACGAGCUCAAACUGCUUCAGCGCCACUACAAAUCUCUAUGAGGAUUCACAUUUUUGUCAGAGAAGGCGCGUCUUUCAACAGAAAAGUCUUGACCCUAAGGGCCUCGACGUUCUACAUGUUGACAAACAUGCAAACCAAACAUUCUGACUUCUAGCUUUCGAAACGCCAACGCUGUCCCAAAGAGUUAGGUUAAUGAAGGGCAAUUUAUAAUGGAAGUUAUCAGUUUGAAAUCUCUCAUGUUAGACUUACGAUUGUAAUUAAGACGGAAGCACCAAACUAAUGAGAAAUAUUUUAUUAAAAAUAGCCUUGUCGUGCAGUACGAAUUUAUAUUGCAGUUGAGAUCGAUAAGAGCCUUCCAAACUGAUUAAACUAUAUUAAUUUUGAGAUUCGUUAGAUAUUCAUUUCGUAAUGUUUAGUGUCCCUAAGGGCUGCUUUCUACCGUCGCGUUUAAUUCUUAAGGCUGCUUUCCACUUUCGCGUUUUUUAUACGCACGUACAUGUACGGAAAAUUUU